ACUGUGCUGUCGGUGGGCAUGAUAGCCAAUAGGAGCAGGGAGAGGGGUCCCGGGACUGAAAACGGCUGCCGGAGGGGGCUACGGGGAUCAUGGGCCUUUUGACCAUCCUGAAGAAGAUGAAGCAGAAAGAGCGGGAGCUGCGACUGCUCAUGCUUGGCCUGGACAAUGCUGGCAAAACAACCAUCCUCAAGAAGUUCAAUGGAGAGGACAUCGACACCAUCUCUCCAACGCUGGGCUUCAACAUCAAGACCCUGGAGCACCGGGGAUUCAAGCUGAACAUAUGGGAUGUGGGCGGCCAGAAGUCCCUGCGCUCCUACUGGCGAAACUACUUUGAGAGCACGGAUGGCCUCAUCUGGGUGGUGGACAGCGCUGACCGCCAGCGCAUGCAGGAUUGCCAGCGCGAGCUCCAGAGCCUGUUGGUGGAGGAGCGCCUGGCCGGAGCCACCCUCCUCGUCUUUGCCAACAAGCAGGACCUUCCCGGAGCACUGUCCUCUAAUGCCAUCCGUGAGUGCUGGCAUGGCAGUGUACGGCGAGCCUUGGCGCCUUGCGGGGCUGACGCAUCUUCACCAGAGGCCAGGGGAGGCUUCCCAGAGCAGGGCCUUGAGGAGGCCCUGGAGCUGGACUCCAUCCACAGCCACCACUGGUGCAUCCAGGGCUGCAGCGCCGUCACUGGGGAGAACCUGCUGCCCGGCAUUGACUGGCUCCUGGAUGACAUUUCCAGCCGCAUCUUCACGGCCGACUGAGCCGCUCCAGACGCCCCGACAUCACAGUCUGGGUCGUCCCUUCUACCCCCUGGCCCUCACCAAGCACCAUCCGUGGGAGGAUGGGAAUCAGCCAGCCCAACUAACACUCCCCAACCCCUCCGUAACCUGCUGCCGCCGCCCGCUGCUGCUCCGUGGCCAGCCAGCUCCCAUGACAGGAGGGCUGCCCUCCUGGCUGUCACCCUGGCUCCUGACCUGGCCCUGCAGCUGCCAUACCAAGAGGUGAGGGUUGGGGCUGGGCGGGGGCUGUCUCUGCUGCUAUGGAGGCUGUGGGCCUCGUCCUUUGCUCAGCUGUAAGAAUAAACAGUUCCUUGCCCCUA